AGCCAACCCGAGGCACAAAGCUCUACAACCAGAAGCCAAAACCGAACCGAGGAAGCAGCAGCAGAUCAAACCGCAGACGAAGACACCGUCGCAAGAGAACGAGAGAAUGGCGGCCAUCUCCUCCACCUCCUACUUCUCCUCGCAGCCGCAGCUGCCGGCGUCCGGAGGCGGCAGCAACGGCCGGCAGCCGCGGAGGCGUCGGAUGGGGGGCAGCUGCGUCAUGCUCGAGGCGGCCGCUGCCUCUGGUAGUGGUGGUGGCGGCGUGGUGGUGGGGAGGACGAGGAGCCUGACGGAGGAGGACCUGGAGGAGCUCAAGGGCUGCCUCGACCUCGGCUUCGGCUUCUCCUACCACCAGAUCCCGGGCCUCUGCGGGACGCUCCCCGGCCUGGAGCUCUGCUACUCCAUGACGCGGAGGUUCCUCGACGAGCAGAGGACGGUGGUCGGGCAGCUGGAGCCCGUUGCGGCGGCGGCGCCCAUCCCGGACUGGAAGAUCUCCGGCCCUGGUGAUAGUCCAGAGGAAGUGAAAGCUAGGCUCAAGUAUUGGGCCCAGACAGUGGCAUGCACAGUCAAACUAUGCAGCUGAUGGAGAUUGGUAGUGUGCUGGUUCUCUCUUAACAUAUAUGCUACUACAAGCUGAACUGGAGGUGGCUGAAGUUGAAGAACGAUGCUUAUAUGGUAUUGGGCUUGGUGGGCAAGUGCAGAGGAGGUGCUUCUGCUUCGUGUUAUCGAGGCGACAGAACUGACCACUGCUUUUGCCAAACUUCGGAGGGGGGAGAGGAUUGCUGACAACAUGGAACUGAGAAAUCGCGAGGCGGUCCGCAGUCGAGCUUUUCUGAAAGCAUCAGAAGCUUGCCGUUCCUCGUGAGGUGACUUGUCUCUACAUGGCGCAGCGGUUGCAAGUGCCUGAGACCUCUGCUUGUUUCUGCUCUUCCUUGUAGUGCUCACUAGGUGCUCCGGUUGCACCGUGCUGCUCCGGCUUGAGCUUUGCAAAUCCUUGGGUGGAUUUGUUCAAUUAUAAUUUUGUUUUAUUGCUCCUUUCACCUUAGAUUUGCUUUGGAGCAGUAGACCUUGUAUAGGACUUGCAUGUACGUAUCUGUUGAUUCUGCUGUACUGCACUCGGAGGGUGCAGAAACAGUUUCUGAAAUAAAUUUCUGCGUCCAGCCUAACAGCAAACUGUGGCUGUUGAAA